AUGUCGUCGGCAUCCUCGAAAGCGGCAAUCAACGGCUCGUCGCCAUCGCCCACCACCGCGACGUCGAACUCACAGAAGAUGGCUCCGCCGAGUGUCGCGCCGCGACUCGAGAUCCAGCCACAUCAUGAGGCGCUCAAGGGCGCGCUUACGAAGGAGAAUUGGAUGACGUACACCGAGGCCUUGAAUAAAUUCCUCCGAGGCAGACUGAGCGACCAGGAAUUACUCGAGGAUAUAGGACCGUUUAUCAAAGGACCCAAGAUCCGGCUACAUAAUAGCCUACUGAUGGCUCUAAUCUCGAAUAUUACUAGGGAUGCUCCGCAGGUCGAUGUGGCCACUUGGGUUUCGGCGAGUGAUAAGCCGAGCUCCGUGACGAAGUUGCCGGCUGGUGAUAUCAAUGAGCGGCGGCUGAAGAAGGAGAUCAUGGCGAUCUCGGCAAGGGAGAGGAAAAGGAUUAAGGAGGUGCCGGAGAAGAAUGAGAAUAUCGAGGAUAUGCUCGGUAAUGCGCUCAUGGAAUAUCAUACGGCCAAGCAGGUCAAGCCGCCCGAUCCUCCUCCACGUAGCGCCACAAUCAAUAAGACCAAUUGGGAAUCCGAAAUUAAACAGCGCUACAUGCUCCCGCUCGCCAGUGAAACCGGCGAGUUUCCUGACGUGGACAACAUCCGUCUCCGCAUGCUCCCUAUCUGCUACGAGGAGGGAAUUCCCGGCGGCUGCUCAGUGGAAACCGCAAACUUCAUGAACGUCGCCGCCGAAACGUUCGUUAAAGAAAUACUCACAACCAUCAUCGGCCGCGUGCGCUCCAACGGGCCAAUCUACGUGCAGACAGAUGCGUACCGCAAACUAGCACCCAAGGGCCGCUGGGUCCCACGCCAGGAACGCCCACUUCUGGGAAUGCAUGAUGUGAGGUUGAGCUUGACGCUCGGUGAUAACUUGCUCACGCAGAUGCCCACGAGUAUGAAGAAGAUUAUGGCUGGAGGGUGGUACGAGAGGGAUUACGAGGUAGAUACGGCGUUGCAAUUUGAGGAUACAGUUGAUGUCGGCGAGUGGCAGGGCGGCGCUCCCGAGGAUAGAAAAGAGCUGAAGGGUCUAUUGGACGAUUGUCUGGCGUUAGGGACUUAG